AUGCAACUCAUCGCUGCUGGUACUUUUCUUUCUUCCUUUCUGGGCUCCAGCCGCCCAAAGCAGGUGUCUGACGUGGCACAUCAGCAAGAGGUGGUGGCGACGCUAAAAAACACACUGGCUACUGGCAAUCUGCCCCAUCUGCUCUUCUAUGGUCCGCCGGGCACGGGCAAGACGUCCACAGCGUUGGCAAUCACCAAAGAACUCUUUGGACCCGAGCUCUACCCCUCGCGGGUAUUGGAGCUGAACGCGAGUGACGACAGGGGCAUCAGUGUGGUGCGCACCAAGAUCAAGGACUUUGCUGGCGUUGCCGUGGGGCAUGGGGUCAGCGGCUACCCGUGCCCACCGUUCAAGGUGAUCAUUCUGGACGAGGCCGAUUCCAUGACAGAGGAUGCGCAGAACGCACUUCGCCGGACGAUGGAGCUGCACUCACGCGUCACAAGAUUUGUCUUCAUCUGCAACUACAUCAGCAGAAUCAUCGAGCCGCUGGCCUCCCGAUGUGCCAAGUUCCGAUUCCGGCCGCUGGUGGGACAAGUGAUGACUGACCGGCUCCGGCACAUUGCAGACUGCGAGCACCUGUCGCUGAGUGAUGAGGCCUUUGAAGAGCUUAGCAAAGUGUCGGAGGGCGAUCUGAGGCGAGCCAUCACAACGCUGCAGAGUGCUGCCAGGCUGUACGGCUCUUCCAUCUCAGCGCAACACAUCAUCGAAGUGUCAGGGGUGGUACCUGCCUCAGUUGUCACCUCCCUCCUUGAGGCCUGCAGGGGAGGUGCAUUUGAGGCAGUUCAAUCUGCUGUCACUGCCGCUGUUGCUGACGGUUACCCUGCUGCGCAGAUACUGUCUCAGUUGUUUGAUGCAGCCACGGCAGCAGACGACCUCAAAGACGAGCAGAAGGCGCGCAUCUGUGCCACCAUUGCUGCUGCUGACAAGCUUAACGCCUUCUUCUCCACAUGCCCUCCUUCCUUGUUCCACUGUCUGUUGUGCCGAUACUUGCUUCAGAAUCUGGUGGAUGGGGCGGACGAGUGGCUUCAGCUGCUGGAUGUUGCCAGCAGCACCAUGCGGGCCGUGCACAACCUGCCGGUCUCGGCUUCCUUUGCCACUUGA